AUCUUUUUUGUACAAUUUGCCUGCGAUUGAAAAUAUUCUUUGAUAGGUGAGUGAACAGUCAUCAUCCUGUGGGCCUUUUUCCGUCAUACGAGGGAGAUAUUUUUAGCCGACUUCAUUCGCACUGGCGAUAAUUCCACGGUGGAAAAAACUCAACAAACUGAACAUGACGACUACACAAGGACCUGGCACGCUGGACAAUCUGCAUCUAGCACCGCUUCGGUCUUUAAGCGAUUUCCUGUUGGAAUCUGCCCGUUUUCAAUUGCCCAACUUUCAGGACUUUGAAAAGUGGGGAAAUCGAGUGGUGAACAACCUGCUUUACUACCAAACGAACUAUUUCGUCAUGACCGUCACCUUGUUUCUGCUCUUCGGACUCCUCCACCCGAUGAAGGUCCUGCUCGGAUUGACAAUUAUCGGCGUACUGGGGUACGUUUUUGUGCGCUUCUUUGCCCAAGAUGCGCGUCGCUCCGUCGGAGCCGAUCCAAACCAACAGCCAAACAAGUGGGCUAUUCUGGCCGGAACCGUACUUGGCGGCUACAUGGUCCUCUACCUGUUCGAUUCCGUACUCAUCGUCGCGCUCGCCGUGUUGCUUCCGUUCUCAUUGACCUUUGUGCAUGCAUCGCUACGACUAAGAAACAUUAAGAACAAAAUCACAAAUGCGGUAGAGAUCGUGGGCGUGAAGCAGUCGCCGAUGGGACAGUUUCUCGAAGCAAUGGGAUUGAUGCCAACGGCAUUUUAAGCAGCUAGAAUCUACUUCAUUAUACCGGAGACUACAAUGAUCCAUACUAACAUUUUUUCCGCUAAUAGCAACUCAGCUAAACGAAAAGUUUUGUUUCACAUUACGCACGAAGCAACUAUGAUCGUGCAGCUUAAUUUGAAUUUUUAUGUGUUUAAUAUUCAUUCAUGAUUCAGUCAAAAUCAUGCCAUAGCGACUAAGAAAAGAAUGCUACGUCCGUUUGUAAAUCUUCUGCUAGUCAAUGAUCCAAGUGUUGAUGAUAUUUCCCUUUCAAAUUAUAUAAUAAAGAGUGAAUUAGAACAGUGAAAGUAAGAC